AUGGCCGCGGCGGCAUCCCACCACCAGCAGCACAGGCACCCCAAGCGCCGCCGCCUCGCCCUCGCCCUCUCCCUCUCCCCAUCCCCCACCCCCGACGCCGCCGCGCCGCCGCUCGACUCGCUGGCCGACGAGCUGCUCUUCCUGGUGCUGGACCGCGUGGCCCAAGCCGACCCGCGUGCGCUCAAGUCCUUCGCUUUGGCCUCCCGCGCCUGCCACGCCGCGGAGUCCCGGCACCGCCACGUCGUCCGCCCGCUCCGCACGGACCUGCUCCCCGCCGCGCUGGCGCGGUACCCGUGCGCCACCCGCCUCGACCUCUCCCUCUGCGCACGCGUCCCCGACGCCGCCCUCGCCUCCGCCGUCGUCUCCGGGCCCUCCGCGCUCCGCGCCGUCGACCUCUCCCGCUCCCGCGGGUUCGGCGCCGCGGGCGUCGCCGCGCUCGCCGCGUCGUGCCCGGGCCUCGCCGACCUCGACCUCUCCAAUGGGGUCGACCUCGGGGACGCCGCGGCCGCCGAGGUGGCGCGGGCCAAGGGACUGCGGAGGCUCUCGCUGGCAAGGUGGAAGACGCUCACCGACAUGGGGCUCGGGUGCGUCGCCGUCGGGUGCGCGGAGUUGAGGGAGCUCUCGCUCAAGUGGUGCCUUGGGGUCUCGGAUCUGGGGAUCCAGCUCCUCGCCCUCAAGUGCAAGAAGCUCACCAGCCUGGAUCUCUCCUACACCAUGAUCACACAGGAUAGCUUUCUUCCCAUCAUGAAGCUACCCAAUCUUCAAGAGUUGACACUGGUGGGGUGUAUUGGAAUUGAUGACGAUGCUCUUGGCAGUCUUGAGAAAGAAUGCAGUAAAUCGCUACAGGUGCUUGAUCUGUCUCAGUGUCAGAAUAUCACUGAUGUGGGAGUUUCAGCCAUACUGAAGUCGGUACCCAAUCUAUUGGAACUAGAUCUUUCAUACUGCUGUCCUGUUACUCCUUCUAUGGUGAGAAGCUUACAGAAGAUUCCUAAACUGCGGACCCUGAAGCUGGAAGGCUGCAAAUUCAUAGCUGAUGGACUAAAAGCUAUUGGAACCUCUUGUGUUUCUUUAAGGGAGUUAAGCUUGAGCAAGUGCUCUGGAGUGACGGAUACAGAACUCUCUUUUGCCGUGUCAAGACUAAAGAACCUGCUGAAGCUGGACAUUACUUGUUGCCGCAAUAUCACUGAUGUUUCACUAGCGGCCAUAACUAGUUCAUGCACUUCCCUCGUCUCUCUGAGGAUGGAGUCUUGUAGCCGUGUUUCCAGUGGAGCACUCCAACUGAUCGGGAAGCACUGUUCUCACUUGGAAGAGUUGGACCUUACUGACAGUGAUUUGGAUGGUGAAGGAUUGAAAGCUCUUGCCAGAUGCAGCAAACUUUCAAGUCUAAAAAUUGGAAUUUGCUUGAAGAUUAGUGAUGAAGGUCUUACCCACAUUGGAAGGUCUUGCCCAAAACUCCGCGACAUUGAUCUGUACAGGUGUGGAGGCCUUAGUGAUGAUGGAAUUAUUCAAAUUGCACAGGGUUGUCCAAUGCUAGAGUCUAUCAAUCUAUCCUACUGUACAGAAAUAACAGACAGUUCACUGAUAUCACUUUCAAAAUGCGCAAAGCUGAAUACUCUGGAGAUUCGUGGCUGCCCCAUGAUUACAUCCACUGGGCUCUCAGAAAUAGCGAUGGGGUGCAGGCUACUUUCCAAGCUUGAUAUUAAGAAAUGCUUUGAUAUUAAUGAUGUGGGAAUGCUUUACCUUUCCCAGUUCUCUCAUAGCCUCCGUCAGAUAAACUUGUCGUAUUGUUCAGUCACCGAUAUCGGACUUCUGUCCCUUUCUAGCAUAUCCGGCUUGCAGAACAUGACCAUCGUCCAUUUAGCGGGUAUAACGCCGAAUGGCGUGACAGCUACUCUUAUGGUUUGUGGUUGUUUGACGAAAGUGAAGCUUCAUGAAGCAUUCAAAUCCAUGAUGCCUCCUCAUAUGAUAAAAAAUGUCGAGGCACGAGGGUGUGUUUUCCAGUGGAUCGAUAAACCAUUUAAGGUUGAGGUGGAACCUUGUGAUGUAUGGAAGCAACAGUCCCAAGAUGUGCUUGUACGAUGA